UUUUUCUUUGUUCUCAGACUAGCAAAUGCAAAGCCAGCCAACAGCAAACGGUCUUGGCGGACAGCUUCCCGCCUUCCCGUCGGACGCCAGUCCCACCACUGGCGCUGCUCCGUCCACCGCGACUCCCGCUACUGACGCUAGCAGUAGUACGCAUCCCAACACUACUCGCGCGGCUCAAGCGAUGCAGCUGGCCCCGCAGCCCGGAUCGCUGCUUGCUGCUGCUGCUGCUGCUGGGUUUCAUGGCUUUGGCGCGACGUACGCCCUCCCAGCCCAGCCCAUACCUCUCGACAGUGGUCCAUCACUAGUGCCUGCUGGCUUUACGACUCUCGAGGCGCUCGCUGCGGCGGGUCUGCCUGGGUCGACGAUGCCAACGACAACAACCGCCACCAUGCCGCUGGCUGGCAAUCCAUUGCAGGGCGACUACAGCUUUGUGACGUCAUACGAUCCGGUGCUGCUCGAGGCGUUGAACAAGUCGCGCAAGGACCACUUGUUUCUGGCCCAGAUUGAAGAGCGCUUGGUCGAGUGGAUGCGCGCGCCGCCGUCGCCCCAGUCCAAUUCGCUGCGCUUGGACGUUGCGCGCAUGUCGUCGUACCAUCGCAAGCUCGUCCACCAAACCGCCGUCCAGUUUGGCAUCACGGACCGACGAGUGGAAGACACAACCAUGGUACUGACGCGAGAUGCGCACUCGCAUCUCCCCGAGCACACGUUCCAGGAAGUCUUCUCUGCCCAGCUCUGGCUGCGACAGCAACAGCAGCAACAACAGCAGCAGUGGCAGACUCCCACCUUCCCAAUGCACAUGGCGCCGCAGCACAUGCUACCGCAGCAGCAGUUCCACCCAUCACAACAGCCGCACCCGCAGCUAUGGCAGCAUUCGACCAUGCCACUCCACCAGCAGUUCCAGCCGCCGAGGCCACAAUCCCUCUCCCCAUACCAGCAAGCCCACCAGCCCUCCCAGCCGCUGCAAUCCACCCUUGGGCUGGGUGCACGGCCACAGCACGGUGCCGUCCAAGAUGGCACGCCAUCGUCUGCGCCUGUCGACGAGUCAUCCCUUCCCGGCGACGCGGAAGCUACACCCACUGCAGCCCCCGUGCCGGCUGUUGGAAGCUUUAAAAUCAUGCGACGUGAUCGAUCUGCUGCUGCCUCAGGCUCGGGCCCCAGCACUGGCAGCUCGCCGGUCGAUUCGAGCAAGAAGGAGCGCCGCGCAAUGACCCCCGAGGAGCGCACUGCCGAGUACGAGCGGGCUCGUGCGCGCAUUUUUGAGCAGAGCAAGGCUGCAGAUGCGUCGUCCGCGGCGGCGACCUCGGCGGUCGAUGAAACCCAACCGACCACAGCUGCGACCGGCGCGUCUGGACAGCAAGUCGCCGCAACCACCACCACCACCACCACCACUGGGACAGCACGCCCCGUGUUCUCCUACGCUCAAGCAGCGCGAGGACCCGUGGUCAAUCCGCCGCCUGCUACUGACGCAGCCCGAACUGAGGCCGCGCCCAAGGAAUCGAUGGCUGCUCAAGUGAUAAACCAGCUCCGAACUGAAGCUGAGCAAGACGAAGAAGCUGGCGGGGAUGACGUCUUCCGUCGCCCGCCCAUUUCGCAAAACCGUGGACUGUUUGAUCCCAACGCCCCAUCCAGUCACAGCAAUCGCUCGUUCCACUACCAGCAGCAGCAGCAACAGCUCCUCGACCAAUAUCAGCAAGCCUUCGAUCCUAGGUAUGGCCAGCCACCGUCCGGUCGCCCUAUGGCACCCACUGCUAGCGCAGGACUGCUCGGUGAUGCGCCGCCCCUGAAUCCGUACUUUCAUCCCAGCGCGGCAGCCAGCGGCUAUGCCAACUUUCAAUAUCAACAGCAGCCACAUCCAGCACUGUAUGCUGCCUCCGCCAACUACGCCAGCACCUAUCGUCCGCAAGCGCCUGCCCAUUUCCAAGGCCAGCAUUCGACAAUGCCGCUGCAACCUGUGCAGCUGCCCCCUGGCUUCCACUAUGUGUCUUCGCCGCCGCAAUCUCAGCCUCCCCAUUCUUCGUCGCGAGGCACCCCACCGCAUCAGCCAUAGUUUGUGAGAGAGGUGGAAGAAGGGAGGAAGCUAGUUUUUUGUUUUUGGUUUGUUCUUUUUUUUUUUGUGUUUGUGUGUUUUU